CCAACCUUGCCUUUCUAGAUUAUGAGUCUCAAUCUUGCAAUUUAAUCUGAAAAGCAAUUGCUGGGUCAGGAUCAAAACGUAUGCAAGACUCUUUAUAACUUUUUUCUUUCUACUUUUCAAAUAUUUCAGUGCAAUAGUCUGUAUGGAGAGCUCCUUUCGGUAGAUCUCCUGGGUCAAAAACUACUUCUGAGAACAGCAAAACUGUGCAAUCUUGUGCUUCUGACACAUGAAACCAACAUUUCUGUUAAAUGUGGCAAGUUGAUAUUACAAAAUAGCUGACCUUUUAUCUGGGAGUCCUACAGUUUCCUUGUAUGUCCAAUUCAAGUGUAGAUAGUGUAAUUUACACAUAUUAUUAGGAGAAAUUGUGCCAUUUACAUUUCAUUAAGGAAAAAAGUGCCUAGCUAUUGCAUGCUAUGCAUGUCUACAGUGCUAGACCUGUACCCAUCACACUUGUACUUCUUAGCAUGUGGUACAGGGAUGCUCAGCAGUGCAAGUGUGACAGGUAUGGUGUUUCCUUCUCUACUGGACGGUUCCUUACACAACUCGACAACAAGUUGAAAGAAGCAAAGCGGCUGGAAAAAUUGAGUGAACAACAGAGGAUUGCAGAAAUAGCCAGGCAGUCCUUAGAGAUGGAUAAAGCUAUAGCUAGGGAGAGAAGACAACAGGAAAAAGAACUGCAACAUAUGCUGCCAGAGGUUGCACAAAUGGAAGAGGAGCAGGCCGCCGGGCGUGACAUGAGGACAGUUUCCUUCACCGGUCGCCCCCCUCCCGCACCCAGACAUCCAGACAAAGGAAAGGAACCGUACACGGGGGACAACCCGGCUUUCAAAACAAACGAAAGGAUUUCAGGAGCCAACCUGCUCUGGUCUAUUCUUCGUGAAGAGUCGUACCAAAAACUAUUUGAACAAGAUGCACGCAUCGACAGAGAACUUGUGAAUGCCUACAAAGCCUUUACAAGGGAGAGACUGAAGAAACACAGGAAGCCGGGGCGACUGGCUAAACGGAGCUAUCCUGCACAAGAUGACUCUUACUGGGAAGAAAUGAAAAGAGACUUCUCACUGUUGGUUAUGAGAGACAAAAAGGGCAAGUUUCCAGAUAUGCACAGACUUAUGUCCAGCACUACCUACAAAGAGGCAAAGAAAAGCCACCACAAAAGGAGCCUGAUGUUCCGUGCUUCCGAGCGUAACAAGAAUCGCGCGGAGAUCCUGAUGUUCAACAAUCCCCCGCCGGACUUUAACGACACGGAGGGUUAUGAAGGGCCGCUAAGAUACCAUCCGUCGUGGCUAGAGGACAGCCAGGAGGAUAAUUUGGAUGGAAGCUGGCCGGCUCUUCUGUCUCAAGAAUCUGUGUGGCGGCAUCUCGCACUUGACAAACCCUCGGAUACCGUUUCCGAGCCCGACAUACCCGAGGAACAGGACGACCAAUCAGAGAGGAGCGCUUCGGAGCUGGGCAGGGAGAUGGAGGAACAGCUGCGGAUUUCUCAUGACGAGGAAGACGAUAAUGACGAACUCGACCUCUUCUUGAAGAAGCGGGUCAAGAAGCCGAAGUAUAGGUUCUUAACAGAGGAGGAUGCGAGGACGGAAGGAAGGUUCCGACUCAUGUUCCAGGAGAAACGAGACCUGAAGACGGCACCAGAACCAAUAAUGGCACAGCCUCCGACAAGACAGGUAGUGACGGCCAGGAACAGGGGAUCACAGAGAAGUUCCUCUAUCCGUUCUGAGACCAAGUCUGCCCCCCCGACCCUGCUCAGCGACCAGGGUACGAGCCACAGAACGGGAUGGCAGCCGCUGAGUCUGAACGCUGUGGCAGAGUACAAGGAACAGCGGCCAGCCGUGGGGCAGGGGGAGUUCAAAUUUGGCAUGCAGCCUCGAUGGAUUGUCGCUGAUAGUGUAGCUUCGAAAUGAACAUUCCCUGCUACACCAUCAGUGUCUUCCAGAAUGGUUGUUGAAACAGUGAACAAUUGUGUGUCUUUGUCUGGCCUUCUUAGCAAUAGUAGACUCUGUGGGGCAGGCAUUUUUGUAAUGGAAUAUCACUUUUAUUUGCCCUUGGUCAUCGUGACCUGCCACCUUUGUGGAACAUUAUAACAAGAGAGUGUAAUACUAAUAGAUAUAGAUAACGGUAACAACAAAAUUGAAAAACACAUCCUUCUUGCGUGGGUUUGCAACAAACGCUACGGUAGUCUUUGUGUACUUCUGACUACAGUCAAACCUGUUUGUAAUGACAACUCGUACUACUACAUGUAGUAUUGGUGGUCAAUAUGUACAAAAUGUAAACAGGGUCACUGUGGCCACGUUUUGACGGGCAUUUAUAACUUAUAAAGGCCCAUCCCAUCAAAAAGUGGCCACAGAGGACAGGUGUUCCUUGUUUAGAGGUGAACACCAAUACAGGGUUGACUGCACUGCAGAAGAAGAUCUUGUGCUAUGAAUAAACAGACACAGUGAAUUUCCAAAAAAUAUGAUAAGAAUUAAGAUGAAAACAAUGUGCCUUGCUUGAGGUAGUGAUAGAAUUCUAUGAGGAUUCAAAAUCCAAGUACUACAUGCAUGUGAUCUGUACAAAAUACUAGUAUACAACAACUAUUAUACUUUUUAAGUUAUAUCCUACUUUGGUACCUAAAAUCAAAAUGCCUACCUACAAAAAAUAACUGCGUUGAUAGUGAUACCUUACUCUCAGAAGUCAUACUGUACCCUCAAUUGUGUGUACUAUUCAAGUUGCACUUGUGUACAGAUAACAAUGUGUAUAAAUGAAACUACUCAAACUUUGCUGUUGAUAGCUCCUAUAUCAAUAAGACCUACAUAAAAAAAACUCACUAUAGGUACUGUUGCACUCAACUGAUAUUUCUACAUAAGUUGAAAAUACCUAGUAUAUGAUUGGACCAAAGCCUGCAACAACAAAUAGAAAUAAUGAUAAAUUUAUACAAGAAUGCUCAAACACUGUGACAAUGUAUCAUAGCCAUAACUACACAGUACAUGUAUAAUUAUGAUAAAUUGAUAUUACUGUCAAAAUUCUCAAUGUUGUACACUGCCAUGUCUUGAAUAAGUUGUAUGUAUCAUGGUGCCACUCUGGUGUAAAAUUGAUUAUAUUUUUAUUAUGUUUUGAACUAUUUUUAUGAGAAAUUUGUAUACAAAAGAGACUAUGUAACAUUAGUUAUAAUCAAAAUAGACUAUUUUUGUUCAUGUAGUAAAACAUAAUGUACCAUUGUAUUAAUGGUAAGUGAAAACAUAGACUGAAGAUAUAUACAUUUUGCAGAGCAAAAAUCAUUAGCAUUUGCGUUGUAAUUGUCAUGAAAAAAAGAUCCUCAAAGAGGUUGAUUUCCAAAUAUUGAAUGGUGCUAAAUUGUAACAUGUUAAAUGAAUAUGAAGUCUGGCUUAAGUCAAGUUAAUAAGUCACUAGUGAGGUUGCACCCAUUAUAUAUUGGUAGUGGGUGUGUCCUAUGUUUAUGUAUGUCUUUGUACUUUUGCAGAGUUCCGUUUGAGCAAUUUCUCUGUUUCUAUACAACAAGUAAAGCCUGGUAACCAUAUCAUACUGAAUAGGGAACAUCCUGUUAUCUCAAUGGUGCUGGGGUGUUGCCCACCUGUUAGUGCACAACUAGGAUUUUUUACAAUGUUGGUCUGAAUCUAUAGCACAGUAGUUGAUAGGAUUAGGAAGGCCGACUGGAAAGCUAGGCUGUCAGAAAAAGGUCUUAACUGGCUGUGGAGCUAGUAAGACACCCCUAAACCAGCCUGGGGAAAUGGUUACCAGCCUACCAUACCAUCAAUAGUACUUUGAAUCAUCAAGAUGAUCUCCAAGCAGAUGUAGGGGUGAAAAGCUGAUGUCAGAUGGCUGGACUUUUCUGUCAUAUUACACUUUUUCACCUAACAUCUGCUUGGAGAUUAUCCUCAAGUGCCUUGUCAUGCUGCACCUUUGGACUCAAACUUUCCAAUGCUACAUUCUCCACACACUUCUCAAGUGAAUAAAGACUAUAUUUUCUGUGGAUGA